AAUGGGCACCAUUUAGAAAUACCACAACCAUGUGUUGGACAAAAUUGGAGAGGGGCGUGGCCGGACUGCAAAAGUGCAUGCACAAAGCUAAGCAGAUUAGAAGCCUUCCACAGUACAGAACAUCAGUAUGAGCUACCUACCAGAAGGAGGAUAUGGUCUGUACAGUAAUUUUGAAGAUGAUGAUGGAUUUGACUUUGGAGAUUGUCAAUCACCAGGAGACUUGACUAUGAACCUGUGAUGACAAUGACCAAGAAGCCGACUAACAAUAACAACAUCAACAAUGGAGCAGCCACCAGUGAUCUGGCUACUGAUAAAGAUGGGGUGGCGAUGGAUGCACCGUCCCCUGUCAGCAAUGCUAGUACGAUUAUUACAGACGAUGAUACCGAGCCUAAACAAAAUGGGUUUAUUGUCGGAGGGGAUUCCCCCCCACCUAGUGAUCAAGUCGAAAGCAAGCCACUUAAUUCUGAGAUUAAUGCUAUCAAAUCUUCAGCUGCAACACAGCCGACGACCAUCAAGUACAAGCAGAGCAGAUUCUCUCCAAAUCUCCCACACAAAUUGAAGAUGAAUAACCCUCGAAGCGAAACCCUACAGGAGGAGACGACCCGAGGUCAAAGUACAGAAAAGGGUGUGUCUUAUUUGAUACAGAUCCACAGGAACAGAGCAGACUGAUGGAACAAGGGGAGGAGCUUCGAUUGGCUGUCACUAAGGGUAACCUGAAAAGAUUCAGGUUUUAAUGUGAAUGAGCAACUGAGCAGUGGAUGGACUGCAUUAUUGCACGCGUGUGACACAGGUCGUGAGGAGAUGGUGGAGAUGUUGCUGGAGAGAGGGGCCAACCCUAACACUCAUAAAGGUUUUAAUGUGAAUGAGCAACUGAGCAGUGGAUGGACUGCAUUAUUGCACGCGUGUGACACAGGUCGUGAGGAGAUGGUGGAGCUGUUGCUGGAGAGAGGGGCCGACCCUAACACUCAUAAAGACUACUACACGGCUCUGAUGGCGGUGUGUGCUCACAAAAGUGUGACUUGGAGGGAAGGCCUCGUCUCCUGUGCCAGACUCCUGCUCAACAAGGGGGCAAAAGUCAACACCUACGACAGGCACCAGAUGUCUCCCCUACUCUAUGCCAGUCAGAAUGGCCACCUGCCUCUAGUGGAGCUGCUCCUCUCUGCCGAGGCUGACAUACACAAGCAAGACUCCAGGGAGUGGACUGCACUCUGUCUGGCGGCCAGUAAAGGUCACCUCCAGGUGGCACAGUUGUUGGUGAGUCGUGGUGCUAACCCUAAGGCCAUCACCUACAUGGGGGAUUCCCCCUUUUCCCUGGCACUGGACGGCAGUCACACGGAGGUAGCUGAUUGGUUGGACUCAAUUACAUUAUCACAAGGGAGCGAGGCACCUCUCGCUAAGACCAAGGAAUUCAUUGGAACUCGAACACCCCAGCCCGCCCCCUCACAGGAGCCCCUCCCCUCUCAGUGUGUACAGUACGGAGAGUUGGAGUUGUUCCUAUUAGGACAACAACUCGGAGAUCUACUGCCACUCUUUAGACAGUGCAAAGUUCAGUUCUCUGACCUCAUGAGUUUAACAGAGACAGACCUCAAUAUGAUGGGAGUGACUCAGCCCAGCUACAGGAGGAAGCUAAUGGCUGCCAUUACUGAGGUACACCAGAGACAAUGGGAGAUGCCCAAAACCUCCAACCUGCCGUAUGGGAGAACCAUCAGUUGUACCGAGGCUUCAGUGAUCCUAUCUCAUCUCACUAAACACACCAACUACAUCAAAGCUACCGUCCGUUACCUUGACAACCAGGUCCAAGCAAACCCUGACCUUUUAGACGUCCACACGCAGUCGAGGGACGUCAAAAAACUGACCAAUGAGCUUGCAGCAGCUGUCGAGGCCGUCACCUCUUUCAGCGAAGAAGUUAAAACGAUUGAAAUCAAAAUCAACAAACUGGUGCCUGGCACUGCCCGCCCUGGGGGGAACAAGAACAAGGGUCGCAGUAGAAAGACAGCUGCAAUCAAGCUGGCUGGAACUACUGCCAUUAUUGUAUUCAUUUCCUACUGUGGAUACAGACUCUGGCCACAGUAAUCUCCCAUGUGCCCACAAACAAUAACUGUGUACCACUUAUUAUCAACUUGUUGUGAAUAAUUAUACCUAUUCAUGGAGUCCCCCAAAGUUAA